AUGUGGCUUUGUAAGCCUUUAAAAAAGGAAGUGAGAGCUAAGUUAAGAGCAGAAUGCCCACGACCUUUUAUCACAGACAAGGUGGCUGUUACCCCAGAAUUUGAUCCCUUGCUCAUCACCUUCCUAUAUAAGACGGGAAAAGAUCCCCGUAAGGAUUUGGAACAAGGCCUGAAAGCAACUCAGGAUAAAAUGAUGGAUAUGGCGGGACCGCUUAUCCAAAUAUUCAGUAUUGCAGAUGAGGCUUUGGCAGGUGGCACUCUAAAUGCACACAUGGUGCAAAUAUGGGCACAGAGGGCACUAUGCCUACUUGGCAACGCCAAUGUAGCCAUGGCAACUGAAAGGCGGAAAGCC